GGUAUAAAGAUGCAGCUGGUUCAGCAAGGAGCCAGAUGCCAACAACAGGCGCUUGGAAGGCAGCAUCGCUUCCCUCUGCGCCCGCCACGAUGCCAGAAGCCUCCCUCCCCGUAUACUUCCUCUGUCUCCUCGCCUUGUCCUCAGCCUGCUACAUCCAGAACUGCCCUCGAGGAGGGAAGCGAGCCUUCCCGGACACGGAGAUCAGACAGUGCAUGCCCUGUGGCCCUGGGAACAGAGGGAGCUGCUUUGGCCCCAACAUCUGCUGCGGGGAGGAGCUGGGCUGCUACGUGGGCACUGCCGAGACCCUGCGCUGCGUGGAGGAGAACUACCUGCCGUCCCCGUGCGAGACUGGGGGCAAAGCCUGCGGCGCGGGGGGCAGGUGUGCUGCCCCCGGGAUCUGCUGCAGCGACGAGAGCUGCGCCAUGGAUCCCGUCUGCCUGGACGAAGACGGCGACAAAAGUCGGCAGCUUUCGGAGAAGAACCUGACCAUCCUGGACGGCUCGGCCGGCGACCUCCUGCUCAAGCUGAUGCACCUGGCCAACCGGAAGCAGCAGGGCAAGCACCAGGGCUACUGAAGGGAGGGCGGCGACGUCGCGAAGCAUUCACGCAGCCGAGGGGGCGCGUCGGGCCCGCAGCCCCCCAAGGGGGCAGGGGCACAAGCCCUUGAGGUCCUUGUAAAUACAUGGCCAAUAAAUAUUUUACUGCACUGCGCUCGUCUGCUCUGUGCUGUGACGCUUGCCCUGGAGGCCUGGGCCGCGGGAGUCCGAUUCACCCAGGGUCCUGCAAACUGGCUUUGAAAAGUAGGGCAUAAACCCCCGCAGGAGACCGACUGCUGAGAGGCCCAGACGGGAGGCCUGUUGCUCCGCAGCCAGUGCAGUCCACAGACGCUUUAGCGCUCGGCC